GACACACAUACACAUCAUAUUAACCCACAUCCAUAUAUACAACAAACCCUAGUCUCCACUCUCCCCUGCCAUCUUCCAUACUAAUCAAGCAGCACUUUGAGAGCCGGAAGGAUUCAGUGUUCCCACCGCCGUCACCAUGGGUCGUAUGCACAGUAAAGGUAAGGGUAUGUCAGCAUCUGCUUUGCCAUACAAGAGGACUCCACCCAGCUGGUUGAAGAUCUCUUCUCAAGAUGUUGAUGAUAAUAUAUGCAAGUUUGCAAAGAAGGGUCUUACACCAUCUCAAAUUGGUGUUAUCCUUCGAGAUUCUCAUGGAAUUGCUCAAGUGAAGAGUGUAACUGGCAACAAGAUUUUGCGUAUCCUUAAAGCACAUGGGCUUGCUCCUGAAAUUCCUGAGGACCUUUACCACCUCAUUAAAAAGGCAGUUGCAAUCAGGAAGCAUUUGGAGAGGAACAGAAAGGACAAAGAUUCCAAGUUUAGGUUAAUUCUCGUUGAGAGCAGGAUCCACCGACUUGCUCGCUACUACAAGAAGACCAAGAAGCUUCCUCCCGUCUGGAAAUAUGAAUCAACCACCGCAAGUACCCUUGUGGCGUAGAGAGGAUAUUUUUGUUAGAAGUUGGGUCUGGUACUUGUGUUAUUUCUUAUGGAACUUAAUUUUAAGGUAUCUAGGUUGUUAUUUUUCUUGUAAGACUUGGGCUUGUUGAAGGAUUCUACGCGACUUUUGGAAUCAUGUAUGGCAAGUUGUGCUUUUUAUUCUUAAAACCCUUUUGACCAGAACUGAGCUAAUGCAGCGGCUGCUUUUAAAUUAACGCUUAUUUGUUGAGAA